UGAAGCUGCAGGGAAACGGAGUAAAGCUGGGGUUCAGUGUACGCAGAGGAAGCUUUCUUUUUUGCUGCAGAUCUGUCCAUCAGGAUUAAUUGUUCUCCUGUCCAGGAGCUUGCAACAGCAGCAGCUGUCUGCCUUUGUUGACACAAACUGCAUGCAUUUGCAAAUUAGAAAAGGGACUGAAGAUAUGCAGCCGAGAGGAAAACUGAAGCUGGAGCUUCCGGAAACGUUUGAGGAUAUUGCCAUCACUUUUUCUAAGGCCGAGUGGAGACUGUUAAAUGACAGGGAGAAGAACUUGUACAAGGAAGUCAUGGAGGACAAUUAUGAUACCAUGACUUCAUUAGGCUUUGACAUCCCAAAAGAGCACUUAUCUGCAUUGUUUGAGACCAAGGAAGAGGCAGAGAAAGACAUCUGCGAUCUGACCAAGGAUGGCUUUGAGCAGGAGGAAUCUCUUCAGGACAAUGCUAUCAAUAUGAAACCUACAGAAUCUGUGAAGCAGCUGACUCCCUGGGUAGAAGAUUCAGAAAAGGAACAAUACCACAAACAAGAUGGACGAGCCAGAAAUCCCAUUUGGAACAAAAGUUUAAACUGGUCAUCUUCUACUAAGUCCUACAAGAGUUUUAUCAGAAAGAAAGGUUAUCCUUGUACUACCUGUGGGAAGGUUUUGACACGGCCUUAUGGUCUUAAAGUCCACUUGCGGAUUCACACAGGCGAGACCCCGUACCAAUGCUCAACCUGUGGGAAGUGUUUUAGGUGCAAGAGGCAUUUAUUAAAGCAUCAGCUUAUUCAUUCAGUAGAGGGGCUGUUAAAAUGUGGUGAGUGUGGUGAAGGUUUCAUUAGUAAGAGGGCUCUAACGAAGCACAUGAGCUGUCACAAGGAUGAAAAGAACCCUUUUAAAUGUACCGAAUGUGGGAAGAGCUUUAAGAGGUUAUAUAAUCUUUCUGUGCACCAACGAAUUCACACAGGUGAGAAGCCAUUCAUGUGCUCACACUGUGGUAAAAGUUUUAGGCAGGUUGAUCAUCUAAUAGGGCAUGUCAGGAUUCACACUGGAGAGAGACCAUAUACAUGUACUGACUGUGGAAAAAGCUUUAAGAGGAGUACCAGUCUUCAAGAGCACCAGAAAAUCCAUGAAAAAGAAAAGUCUACAAAGCACUUUCUGCCUGAGGAAAGCUUACAACAGCUUGAUUCUCCACCUGUUGGUCCCCCUGUAUGUGAUAUUAAGAAAGAAGACAUCGAGCCAGACAGUUUUCAAAUGCCGGACGAGCUGUUGCUGUCGUUGUUAAUGAUGGGUAAGGAUAUUCCCGUCUGUGAGGUGAAAAAAGAGGACCUUGAACAACACAAUCUGCUUGAGUUUGCUCCUGUAGAUGUGAAGCCUGAUGAAUACAAGCCCCAGCUCUGCACCCAGUCUGAACAUGCACAGUACUGGGAGAACUACAGGCAGGAAACCCAAGUCGAAAAGGUUCAUUGUCAAAUGGCUCAGAGUGCCCCUUCUGGGGUCUACAGACGUCUGACAGGAGAGAAGCGUUUUAAAUGUGCCACCUGUGGAAAGGGAUUCACUCGAUUUUAUACCCUUUCAAUACACCAACGGAUCCACACAGGAGAGACUCCUUAUGAGUGCACCACAUGUGGGAAGCGAUUCAGGAGCAAGCAAUACCUUUCAAGACAUCAGAUAGUUCACAGUGUGGAGGAACCUUUCAAAUGUGUACAAUGUGGGGAAGGCUUUAUUAAUCCACGUACUAUGACUAGACAUCUGGGCAGUCAUAUGGGAGAGAAAGGUACCUUUAAAUGCUAUGACUGUGGAAAAAGCUUCAGAAGAUUGUACAACCUUUCAGUGCAUCAACGAAUACACACAGGAGAGAAGCCGUUUAAAUGCCUUCACUGUGAAAGGAACUUUAGGCAGGUGGACCACCUUGCAGGGCAUAUUCGAAUUCACACAGGAGAGAAACCAUACAAAUGUAGGGAUUGUGGGAAGCGGUUUAGACGAAGGGAUAAUCUUUCAGUACACCAGAGAACUCAUGCAGAUGUGAAGCCUUUUAUUUGUGCUCACUGUGGAAAGGCAUUUAAUAGCAUGGAAUAUUUGUCAGUACACUUAAAGGUGCACACUCAAGAAAAACCAUAUACGUGCAAUGAAUGUGGAAGGGGCUUUUCCCAGCUACACCAUUUUAAAGGGCAUUUGCGGAUUCACACAGGAGAAAGGCCAUAUAAAUGCACAGAAUGUGGGAAGGGGUUUAGACAAAUAGAGCAUCUUGCAGCACAUCUUCGUAUUCAUCGAGGGGUAAAAUCUCAUCAGUUUUAUGGCUAUGAUAGAACUACUGAAAAGCAAGGAAAUGUUUUUGUGCCUCUGCAGCCUCCUACUACAGAACAUUCUUUUGUACAUAAUAGCUAUGGAAAACGUUUCCAGCACUUAAAUCAUCUUGCGGCACCUGAUCAGAUUCAAUCCACUGGACCUUUUAAAUGUUCUAUCUGUAGGAAAGAGUUUUGUUAUGAAAAUCAGCUUUCAAGGCAUUUACAGAUCCAUCGCAGUCAGAGAAAGCAUAAAUGUACUGAGUGUGGAAAGACUUUUACACGGAGAUAUAAUAUGACAGUGCAUCAGAGGAUUCACACUGGGGAGCGGCCUUUUAAGUGUGCUGAUUGUGGGAAGAGCUACAGAUGGCGACAGCAUCUCUCAGCACACCUGCGGAUUCAUGUUGAAGAGAAGCAGAAGCCACAUCUGUAGAGGACACUAUAAUACUAAACUAAAGAGCUUUAUAUUGACUAAAUGUAAAACCUGAGGGGGGGGGUGGUCUGAUGCACUAAAGACACAAUGAUAUUUGCAAUGUGGGAUACUUGAUUGCAAUUUAAGUGGUUUAAAAUUAACAAACACAUUUAAACACAGAAACGCAUAACAUAUUUAAAAUGGUAGAAUUUGGCAAAACUGGAGUAAUUGUUUUGAAUUCCAUGACUGGAAUAAGUUGGUUAUGGUAGCAGAGCACACAUAAGAAAUAAUUAUAACAGAUGUUAUAGAAACCACUAGGUGUUGUGUCAGUAAAAGAAUGUAAUGCACCAUACAAAAGAGGUCCAUAUGAUUAUUCUCUGAGGUAGCGAGAGAAGGGAGAUGUGAGCGCUCAGAGCUGAACAAACAGGAGAACAUAGUGGGGGAGGGGGUGUUUCAGGUUGUCUAAGAAGUCAGGUUGAACUCUUUAUCACAGCAAAACAGAGCAGUGACAGAGAAAGAGAAAAUGCAUUGCUUUAUGAAGUAAAGGCGGGAGAGCAACAUGCUUUAUGGCAUGUAAAAAGAAGUAAAAAGACCUAGGAGAUAGAGAAGUUGAAGAAGAUGAGCAAACAUGGUCAGGAGUUUGAUAUGAAUGCUUCAGGUCAUUCUAGACAGAAAUGAUGCAUGGACCCAUACCAAGGAGCAGUGAGAGAACACACUGAAUAGGUCAGGAGUUUGAUAUGAAUGCUUCAGGUCAUUCUAGACAGAAAUGAUGCAUGGACCCAUACCAAGGAGCAGUGAGAGAACACACUGAAUAGGUCAGGAGUUUGAUAUGAAUGCUUCAGGUCAUUCUAGACAGAAAUGAUGCAUGGACCCAUACCAAGGAGCAGUGAGAGAACACACUGAAUAGGUCAGGAGUUUGAUAUGAAUGCUUCAGGUCAUUCUAGACAGAAAUGAUGCAUGGACCCAUACCAAGGAGCAGUGAGAGAACACACUGAAUAGGUCAGGAGUUUGAUAUGAAUGCUUCAGGUCAUUCUAGACAGAAAUGAUGCAUGGACCCAUACCAAGGAGCAGUGAGAGAACACACUGAAUAGGUCAGGAGUUUGAUAUGAAUGCUUCAGGUCAUUCUAGACAGAAAUGAUGCAUGGACCCAUACCAAGGAGCAGUGAGAGAACACACUGAAUAGGUCAGGAGUUUGAUAUGAAUGCUUCAGGUCAUUCUAGACAGAAAUGAUGCAUGGACCCAUACCAAGGAGCAGUGAGAGAACACACUGAAUAGGUCAGGAGUUUGAUAUGAAUGCUUCAGGUCAUUCUAGACAGAAAUGAUGCAUGGACCCAUACCAAGGAGCAGUGAGAGAACACACUGAAUAGGUCAGGAGUUUGAUAUGAAUGCUUCAGGUCAUUCUAGACAGAAAUGAUGCAUGGACCCAUACCAAGGAGCAGUGAGAGAACACACUGAAUAGGUCAGGAGUUUGAUAUGAAUGCUUCAGGUCAUUCUAGACAGAAACGAUGCGUGGACCCAUACCAAGGAGCAGUGAGAGAACACACUGAAUAGGUCAGGAGUUUGAUAUGAAUGCUUCAGGUCAUUCUAGACAGAAAUGAUGCAUGGACCCAUACCAAGGAGCAGUGAGAGAACACACUGAAUAGGUCAGGAGUUUGAUAUGAAUGCUUCAGGUCAUUCUAGACAGAAACGAUGCGUGGACCCAUACCAAGGAGCAGUGAGAGAACACACUGAAUAGGUCAGGAGUUUGAUAUGAAUGCUUCAGGUCAUUCUAGACAGAAACGAUGCGUGGACCCAUACCAAGGAGCAGUGAGAGAACACACUGAAUAGUGACGAGACUGUAAGUACCCCUUUUAGGAACAAGGGUUCUACGCAGCCUUAAGGUUUUGAUAGGAACACAGUGAGAUAGGGUGCAUUGAAAAAUGCUUAAGGAGGUUGUCAUUAUUCUGGCUACCCAGGGGGUCUAUCUUUUUAGAACAUGUUUAGUGCUACAGACACUGCUGAGACACCUGUAGUUGUAAUACUAUAAAUAGUCCAGUACCAUUAAAAACAGACUUACAGAAAGCCUAGGGAAUUAAUUGCAUUAUUAGUUUAAAAACAUCUCGUGUGUGCAAACAGUAGUGGCUGAUGGAUUUCUUAAAGCUUAGCAUUUUACAGAAUUCAAGUCAUCAUAUUUUUGCACUUGAGGGGACAGGAAUGGGCAAGAGGUAAAUGUUCUGUAUUUAGCCUUGGGUAAUAGAUAACAGCAUGGGCUAAAGAGAUGGCUCCUGAGUAAAAUUGUGUGUGUAAUGUCAGCAGGAAUAUUUUAGAAUCUAAACUGGUUGCAGACAGGGUGCAACACCCAUAACACAUGACCUGGUUCUAUUUAAUAUUGUUAGUGGUGGCUGAAUAGAUGAAUGAUAUGAAGGAUCCAUUUAUUUCAAAAUUAUACAAACCUUUGUGAAUUAAUAAAUGAAUUGCACAAAUGUAGAAAAGAGGAAGAGAUAGAAAACUUAUGUUACUACAAUAACUUAGAGAGAGAGGGAGAGAUGAUAUCAUGAGUGGCAUAUAGCUUUCCAUGGCAGCAAGUUCAAUGCUACAUACCUAGAUUCACAGUGAGAAGAGCGAAGAUGCAGGAGACUGAAGAGAACAUUGGAGCAUGACGGCGCAUCAGCUGUAAGCCAUUCUGAACACAACACAAUAAUAAGGGAAGUCAAAUUAUACAGCAGGGCAGGAUUUAGUGGUAAAAGGGGUUUACUAUCAAAAUGCUGAAUGUGGGUUCGGCGAACACGGGAAUGUCGAACGGCAGAUGGCCAUUUCCUGUGUUGCUAAAUGGUACUUGAGUGAUAGUUCAUGAGCUCAAUAUAAUAAAUAGAGCUCAUGGUACACUGUGGAUUGGGAAAUUCAUCCCUUUCCUUACUGUAGUGUGAUCUCAGAGAUGGAAUAUAUAGUUAGCGGGGGUGUGGGGGGGUGCAGGGGGCUUGCCCCCCUGCAAAUAGAUGGAAUGUAGUCUUGGAUUGAGACUUACCUUACCUCCUAUAGGGACAGUACGUUUGAUAUUUGGAGAAAAUCUCGAUCAUCAGAUUUGACAUUUUCACCUACUUAAUAUGCAGGAAUUCAACCGUGGCAAUUAAUGUUCUGAAUGUUUUUUUUUUUUAAUUUCGAGAUUUUGAUAGUAAAGCAGUAAAGGGAUUUGUUGUCUUGAAGAUUACAGAGGUAUGGUGCUACGAUGCAAGUGUAUGGUGAGGUACGAGUUAACUAUCUGGAUGUAGUUCCAUUCGGCCCUGAUGAAGGAUCAUCUAGAAGGAAAGAGUGCAGCUGACAGUAACAAUCUAGACAACAUAAUGGGAAGAGGAGAGGUGAAGAAAUAUGUUUUGUGUAUCCUGGAACAAUGAUAGGGGAGGUACAUUGUGUCUUAUACUUAUCUACAAGCACCUUAUGGUCAAAAUAAAGUUGGCAUUAAGAGCUUAUUCAUCAUAGACAGUUAAAUUGUACUAAACAGGUGCCUGCUUAAGCUGGAUGGGGGGGGUGGUUAUAAAGAAAGAAAAUGCCUCUUUUCUGAAAGAGCAAUUUAACAGUGAAAACAUGGGCCUUUUGAAGCUGCUGGUUUUAGCCUAAAUUGCAGACAUUAAAAGAUAAGAUAGAUUUAUUGGAGAGUAAACUGAGUAAGGGCUAGCAAACAGCAGUUCUGAAAAAAUCUCACAGCCAACCAGCAGUUUCAAACAGACGGGAAAAUCAAACAGAGCUCUUAUCUACCAGAAUUUUUACAUAUAUGUAGGAAAUUUCUGAAGGGCAAAGAAAACAUUUAGUAAGGUAGCUAUUUAUGAUUUUUUUAUGUGAGAUUGCUACUUACUGAAUGAUACUAUGAUGCUGUUAGGAAUUGGCCAAUAAAAACUACGGCUGCAGUUUACCAUUCAUACAUCAGUGAUCUGUGGACUGUACCUAGACUAUGUAAGACUGUAUAGAAAGAACAACAGCAGUCACAUGGGACAACAAAAGCCAGAAAAAAAAACAAAACAACUUUAAUUAAAGAAAAAUCAGUGCUGUUUAAGUUUUUAGA